GUUUUGUAGAAAAGAAGUGAAGGACCCUGAUGUGUUAUACAACAUGCUCAAGAACCUACUGGCCCAAAUCAAGACUCACCCCGAUGCUUGGCCUUUCAUGGAGCCCGUCAAGAAGUCCGAAGCACCCGAUUACUAUGAGAUCAUCCGCUUCCCCAUCGACCUGAAGACCAUGACCGAGCGCCUGAAGAAUCGCUACUACGUGACCAAGAAGCUGUUCAUCGCCGACCUGCAGCGCAUCAUUACCAAUUGCCGCGAGUACAACCCGCCUGACAGCGAGUACUGCAAGUCGGCCAACACCCUCGAAAAGUUCUUCUACUUCAAGCUCAAAGAUGGUGGCCUCAUUGAAAAAUGAGCUUUUUGUUGUUGUUAUUGCUGGGU